AUGAAGUUCACAGACUCUCCGGUGAUCGAGCUAACAGUUAACGGCACACAGCUGUCAAUCCAGCAAGACAAUGCCACGAUGCACGUCGGAACCUCCGUAUGGCCUUGCUCUCUAGUUCUCGCCAAGUUCGCCGAGCGCUGGUCCACCGUGGAGGACUCAUCACCAUCGUCUCCAAAUCCGUACGCCGAACUCCUCGAUUUCCGCGGCCGUCGCGCCGUCGAGCUAGGCACCGGAUGCGGAGUCGCCGGCAUGGCGUUUCACCUGCUAGGCCUUACGGAGAUCGUGCUCACCGAUAUGGUUCAGGUCAUGCCGGCGCUCAAGCACAACCUGAAACGGAACAAGGCGGCGCUCGGAAAAUAUCUAAAAACCUCGAUCGUUUGCUGGAACAAUCGGGAUCAGAUCUCGGCGCUGAAUCCGCCUUUCGAUCUGGUCAUCGCGGCCGAUGUUGUGUACAUCGAGGAAUCGGUGGGGCAUCUGGUGACGGCGAUGGAGUCGCUGAUGAAGGAAGACGGCGCUGUGCUGCUUGGUUAUCAGGUUAGGUCGCCGGAAGCGGAUAAGCUAUUCUGGGAGCUGUGCGGCGUCGUUUUUGAGAUCGACAAGGUUCCUCAUGAGCAUCUCCAUCCUGAAUACGCGUAUGAGGAAGCUGACGUGUACAUCUUCAGAAAGAAGGCGAAGAGUGAAUCAGAAUGAAACCUGUUUCGUUUCUGUUAAAACCUUUACAAAAUUUGGAUGUAACUUUUCUUUUUACUUACUUUUUGCCAUCGGUUUCGAGCGAUGGGUAUUCGCCAACUACGACUAAUGUCCUUUUGGAGGUGAUUCAUUCGGAGGAAUUCUAUUUUGGGAUAAGAGUGAUAACAUGAGAAGAGUAGUUCAUUUGAGGCUUGAUUUGGUUUUGGCCGAAGAACAUGGAGUGAUUAUUGUUGAUGAUACCGUGUAAAUAUUUGAACACAUCACAAGAGUGACCUUGUGGGAGAUUAGCAAGUACAGUUAUUUGGAGACGAUGGGAUUCCCAGCCUUACUCGGAAGAAAAGAAUGAUGAGAGUGAAAUGCAAUUGUGUCAAGUUGUGUGUUUGUCAUGUCCAUCUGAUUCGAUGGUAGAUGAGUUGUGACGGAGUCGCAUAACCAGUUUGCAGGAAGUCAAACCGAGCAACAGUCCCAAACCGUAACUGUCUGCAGUAAAUCAAUUAUUGGUUUGAUCUGGUGCCUUGGAAUGAAAGUAAUUUAAGUCUUUAUUCUACUUGUUGGCGUUUCAUUUAGUUGUUAAUAAGGGAGACUAAGUCAUCCUAUAGUUUAGAAACCUUAACUCCCACUUUUCACUUUUAGUAUUGUAGGAAUCAAUGAUUCCAACCUUUGUUUCGUUUCUUUAAAAGUCAAUGAAAAGCCUGAAAGAGGCAAAAUAUCAAUUGCCCAAAAAGUAUCGUGUUCUUAUUUU